GCUUCCGGGUUUCUAAACGCGGGAAUUCGGGUGAAAGGGUCUUCGGAGUUUCUUGCAUGGAUGUUCAGCAAGUGCCCCGCUUCUGUAAUUGAAACUCAUCCGGAUCACACAGUGAAGCAGAAGUGCUAUGCCCCUUGAAUUAAUAAAGGAAGUCAAUGGGGUACCGGAUGUCCAGCUGCUAAGUAAACUGCAAAAAGUAGAUUUCCGAUCCCUACAGUCUGGUUGUGAUUAUAGCAAGAAGUAUAUCCAGGGAAAACUUUCACUUAUCUCUCCUUUAACUUAUCGGGAAAAUGGAACAGCUAUUUUGAGAAUUGGACUGCAAGAAGAAGAACAUUCAAAUUCAGAGAUCAGCACCAUCAUUGUAUUAUUUUUUGGAAAGCUAGCAAAGGAUUGUGCAGACGUUUUGUAUAAAGGGGACACCAUUGCGGUGGCUAGAUUUAUUUUCUCAGCAUCUGCAAACAGAGAUGGUGAAAAUUGCUUUGUUCUGAAAGCAUUUGAAAGCUUCAAAACAACUGUAUAUGUUUAUGUUAAAUCUACGAGCACUUUUUUGGCAGAAUCAAUGUCUUUGGUUCCAGCAACAAAAUAUACAUACACACCCCUGAAUCAGCUUAAGGAUGGCACAGUUGUCAAUGUGUAUGGUGUUGUGAAGUUCUUUAAGCCCCCAUAUCUAAGCAAAGGAACCGAUUAUUGCUCAGUGGUAACAAUUGUGGACCAGACAAAUAUAAAAUUAACCUGCAUGCUUUUUAGUGGAAACUAUGAAGCCCUCCCAAUAAUUUAUAAAAAUGGAGAUAUCGUUCGCUUCCACAGGCUGAAGAUCCAGGUGUACAAAAAUGAGGCCCAGGGUAUCACCAGCUCCGGCUUUGCCUCUUUGACUUUUGAGGGGACUUUGGGUGCUCCUAUUAUACCUCGUACUUCAAGCAAGUAUUUCAAUUUCACCACCGGGGACCGCAAAAUGGUCGAAGCCUUACGUAUUUGGGCAUCUAAUCACCUCCCACCGUCUUCAUCACUACUGCAAUUGUGUGAUGUGCAGCCAAUGCAGUAUUUUGACUUGACUUGCCAGCUUCUGGGGAAAUCAGAAGUGGAUGGAACAUCAUUUCUUCUGAAGGUAUGGGAUGGUACCAGGACCCCAUUUCCAUCUUGGAGGGUCUUAAUCCGUGACCUUCUUCUGGAAGGUGAUUUGAGUCACAUCCAGCGCCUACACAAUCUGGCAGUAGAUAUUUUGGUCUACGACAACCAUGUUCGAGUGGCAAAAUCUCUGAAGAUUGGAAGCUAUCUUAGGAUUUAUAGCCUUCAUACCAAACUUCAAUCAGUGAAUUCAGAGACUCAGUCAACAUUAUUAGCCCUGGAGUUUCACCUCCAUGGAGGUACCAGCUAUGGUCGAGGAAUCAGAGUCUUGCCGGAAAGUAACUCGGAUGUGGAGCAACUGAAAAAGAUUUUAGAAUCUGUAGAUUUGACAGCCAUUCAACAAACCGAUGGUGUCGGUGUAUCACAGUGUGAGGACAGCAUUCAGAACAUGUCAAGCUCUGGUUCCGUAUCACUCUAUGAGGUAGAAAGAUGUCAGCAGCUAUCUGCUACAAUACUUACAGAUCAUCAAUACCUGGAGAAAACCCCACUGUGUGCAGUUUUGAAACAAAAGGCUCCUCAGCAGUAUCGCAUCCGAGCGAAACUGAGGUCAUACAAGCCACAGAGACUCUUCCAGUCAGUGAAACUCUUUUGUCCUAAAUGCCACACACUGCAAGAAGUUUCACAUGAUGCUGACUUGGACAUAAUUUUGCAAGAGAGCACAACUAAAACCCCAGAGACCAAACUACAAAAUACAUCGUUAUAUGAUUCCUGCAUGUGGACCACUGAGCAGCAGGGAGAACGAAAAGUGGUCAUUCAUUUUGUGAAAAAUGAUGGUAUCCUCCCACCUUCAAAUGAGUGCCUAAUUUUGAUAGAAGGAGGCAUGCUCAGUGAGAUCUGCAAACUCUCCAGCAAGUUUCAUAGUGUCAUUCCUGUGAGGUCGGGCCAGGACGACCUGGAACUCCUUGACCUCUCAGCACCAUUUCUUAUACAAAGACAAACACGACAUUUUGGAUGUAAACAGUGUUCCAGUUUGAGACCAAUACAAAGUUUAAAUUGCUUGGCUGAUAAAACAUCAUGGGCUCCUUCUUCUGUAGCAGAAGUACUAGGUAUCGUACCUCUCCAACAUGUGUAUGUUAUGACCUUUACACUUGAUGAUGGAACAGGAGUUCUGGAUGCUUAUCUUAUGGAUUCUGACAAAUUCUUCCAGAUUCCAGCAUCAGAAAUCCUAAUCAAUGAUGACCUUCAAAGGAAUAUGGAUCUGAUCAUGGAUAUGUUAUGUCCUCCAGGAGUAAAAAUUGAUGCGUAUCCAUGGCUGGAAUGUCUCAUCAAGUCAUAUAAUGUCACAAAUGCAACAGAGGAGAAAGUUUGCUAUCAGAUUUUUGAUACAAUGGUUGCCGAAGAUGUGAUCUAAUAUUGUCACCAGACUUUGCAUACUGUAAGAUAGUAUUUUACGAAACAUGACUAUAGUCUAUUUGUUAUAAAACACAAGACUUCUAUAAUUGGCUUUUGAAAUACCAUCUACCUUUCCAAUUUGACCAUGGUGUUAUCUUAGCCCCCCGCCUGUUACUAUGCUCAGCACACCCCAGCCUGAGGGAGGUCUCUGUGAGGACUGUGUGUUUACACUCUGUACUCCUUUUGGCAUGCAAAUACUCGUUCACUAAAAUCUUGCUCAUUAAAAAUUGUUUUUCAAAAUGA